UUGUGUUGCGACGGGAAAAUCAUGGCGCUUCAAAACCAAAGGAAAGCAAAUGUCCGAUUACCUCCAGAGGUCAACAGAAUUUUGUAUGUGAGGAAUUUGCCCUACAAGAUAACAACGGAAGAAAUGUAUGACAUAUUUGGUAAAUACGGAGGAAUCAGACAAAUCAGGGUUGGUAAUGCACCUGAAACAAGAGGAACAGCAUUUGUGGUGUAUGAAGAUAUUUUUGAUGCCAAAAAUGCCUGUGAUCACUUGUCCGGCUUCAAUGUAUGUAACCGAUACCUGGUUGUACUGUACUACCAGUCCACCAAGGCUUUCCAGAAAUUGGACAAGGAAAAGAAGAGACAAGAACUGGAAAAAAUAAGGGAAACAUAUGGAAUCAGCAAAGACAAGUAGUGAUAGAAAGAAAAACUGUAAAUGUGUAUUUAAUUUACGAGGUACCUAAGGCUGGAAUGUAAAGGGAAAAAAAAAGUUUAGGGGCCUGUUAUUUUGAAGGUCCCGAAAAGUGUUUGCACCCAGAAAGCCGUAGCAAAAUUUCAAACCUUUCUGGGGCUUUCGAGAAACGGGUCCCUGGAACUUGCCUUUGAGCAUACUUAAUAGCCUACAAGCAAGCUCUUCACGUGGCAACUUCCUUUUCCCACGAAGAGCCUGCUCGCAGACUGCUACUCAAUGAAUCGAGCACCCUAAGACCAACUGUACAUUAUGAACUUUUCUUUUCAGUCAUUUUCAUUUUCUCUAAGACAUGUGUUUUGUAUGUUACUGUCUUUCUUGUCUUGUCAUUUAAAAAGUAGCUGGCAAAUGUAGUGAGAUUUCUAGUUACAUUACAGUCACAGUGAAAAGGCUGCAGAGCAGAUCUGGUUGAUUCAAUAAAUGACAUAUUUGGACUAAA